AUGCAGACAGCAACGGUCCUGCCGCGCCUCCGGCUCCUGCCGAGCCUCGCGUCGUACCUCGCACCGUCGCCGACAUCGCUCGACGGCUUCCCGACCUUGCACCUCGCUCCGCCCUUCGCACCCAACGCGAUUUUGAUCCCGCUCGCCGACCAAUUGGCGGCGGCCAAAGAGACGCGACCCGCCGAGAACACGGUCAGUGCGCUCAAGAAGAAGUGCUCGGUCGCGACGUGCGACAACGUUGCCCGCUCCAAGGGCCUCUGCAAGGCCCAUGGCGGCGGCCAGCGCUGCACGGUGCCAUCCUGCCCGCGGUCGAGCCAGCGCAGCGGUCUCUGCAUCACUCAUGGUGGCGGCAAGCAGUGCCUCGUCGAUGGCUGCAUGUCCACAGCGCAGUCCAAAGGCGUCUGCAAGGUGCACGGCGGCCGCGUGGCUUGCCGGGCGCCGGGGUGCGUCAAGAACAACCAAGGUGGCGGCUUUUGCCGCGCGCACGGUGGCGGCCAGCGCUGCAAGUUUAACGGCGGCGGCCACUGCCCCAAGUGGGCGCAGCGCCAUAGCAUGUGCAUCGCCCACGCCAAGAUGCUCCACCCGUGAUCGUGUGUCGUGUUUUUAUUUAUCAC